ACAUAGCUUAAUUUUUUUCCCUUGUGUUUUUUGUUUUUCUUCUUUCUUUUUUUUUGGAUAAAAAAAAGGGAAAAAAUAAUAAUUGUAGGUGUAUGCACUUGGAGCUGGCUGUGCUGGUAAAAUUAAUUGCAGCUACUGGUGUCAAGCAGAACAACCAAGAUCGAAAAAGCCUAAAUCAAGACCUUCGAAAUAUAUUGUACUUGAAAAGAGGCCUUCGACUCACAGAUCUACACCAACAAAUGGCCAAAGUUCAAAACAGCUAAGGGAUGCAGCUAAAAUAUCUCUUGCUAUUCCCAAGAGGUGAAUGUGGUUGGCAUCAGGGUUUAAAGAAAACUUCUUAUGGUGGAGGCAGACAAGUGGCAACUGAACCUGAUCCGAUACAGUCCUGCGCAGUGCACACUCCGGCAAAUUUUCUAGAUGCAGAAGCUGCUCAAGCUUCUGGAAAACAUACCAAAGCUGAUAAGAAUAUCUCUGCAAGGGAGUACUAUUGUUAUAAGCUUCAAAUUAGACCAGUAAACAUGUUGUUAAGAGCAGGCCGUGCAUUUUUGCAGUAUAUCACAGACAUGUAUAUCAAAGUUGAAAACACAAGGUUAGAUUUUUUUUCGGCAAAAUCAGGAUACAAUAAGAGCGGAUCUUUAUAAAUGGAUUCUAGACACUGUAGAGAGUGGCCAGACAAGUGCAGCUAAUGUUGGUCAUAAGUUCAUUUUGCCACCAUCAUUUAUAGGAGGCCCUCGUGAUAUGAAAAGGAGAUAUCUGAAUGCAAUGGCUCUUAUGCAGAAAUACGGGAAACCUGAUCUCUUUGUCACUAUGACCUGCAAUGAAAAUUGGCCAGAGAUAAAAGAUGAGCUAGAGCCUGGUGAGACCGCACAAGACCGGCCAGACUUAGUUGCUCGUAUAUUUCGAGCAAAGUUGAUUGCUCU